UCCAGUGAUCAGCAACAAAAACAAGUAGGGCGACCUGGAGCUGGCUCGGGGUCGCCAACAGAUGAGCAUGGCAAACAUCUUUUAUAUACAUUUAUACCACAGUGCAGUUGAAUUCACAAAUCUGAUUGGCUAGAACAUGUUUACUACUUUUCUAAAACAGCAGCAGACAGCAGUGCCAGCUGCAACCUGAAACACAGGAAAGAAGAAUGGCCAUUCUGUGACUGUGUGACCAUUUGCACCAGCAACUGGAGGCUGAAGCGUAACAUUGCAGUUGUGGAGGUGUUUGGUGAUCAGAGCUGGACAGCACUAGGACCUUCAGCUGUGUGGUGAAGAGACAAAAGAAAAGAUGGAGAUGGACAUGGAGGAUGAAAUAGGACGCACUCUGGUUCAGGUCAUCAGCGAGAAGUACAACCCAGACAACUUCCCGUACUGUCGUGGGCCUGGUGCAGGCGUGGUGAUCCGCACCAGUCCUCAGGGUUCUCCAGUCAAAGAUCGUCUAAAUCUGCCCAGCGUGCUGGUUCUGGAUAGCUGUGGAAUAAGUCACGCAGGAGAUGAGGAGGAAGUGGCGACAUUUUGCGCUCAUGUGGUGGAGUUGGACCUGUCUCAUAACCAGUUCAGAGACUGGGGAGAGAUCAGUAAGAUUCUAUCUAACAUCCCUCAUUUGGACUUUCUCAAUCUGAGCAUGAAUCCUCUGAAGGGCUCCAGCCUGGAGCCUGGAGGUGCUGAAGCCUUCUCAGGCCUCCGCCGCCUCGUCCUCAACAACACACACAUCUCCUGGGACAUGGUGCACAUGCUCACGCAAGAGAUCCCUGAUCUGGAGGAGCUCUUCCUGUGCCUGAACGAGUACGAGUGUGUGAACUUGUCACGGGUACCCUGCCCAUCGCUGCGCCUGCUGCACAUUACUGAUAAUCUGCUGCAGGACUGGGGCGAGGUGCGCAAGCUAGGCCUCCUGUACCCUCGUCUGACAUCACUCAUCCUCGCUAAUAACUCUCUCUCCUCCAUCCGUGAGCCCGGGGACUCCCUGCAGUGCCUGUUCCCGAACCUGCACAGUAUAAACCUGCACAACUCAGGUCUGAAUCGCUGGGAGGACAUUGAGAAGCUCAAUUUCUUCCCGAAGCUUCGGGAAGUUCGUCUAAUGGGCAUCCCUUUACUGCAGCCUUACACUGACCAAGAGAGACGAUACCUUUCGAUAGCACAUUUGCCUUCUGUGACUGUUCUGAAUGGAAGUGUGGUGACAGACGGAGAAAGAGAGGAUGCUGAACGCUUCUACAUCCGCUAUCACCUGGACUGUCCUGAGGAUGAGUUACCACAGAGGUUUCACAAUCUCGUGGCCCAUUAUGGCCGUCUGGCACCACUUGCAGAUGUGGAUUUGCGUCCAUUGAGCUGUGCCCAGGUUGAGCUGCACUUUGGGGACAACACCGAGCAGCUGGAGCUCCGGCUUGACCAGACUGUGGCUGACCUGAAGAAGCAGCUCAGGCCUGUGGUGCAGCUGCCGGCCAACAAGAUGCGCGUCUACUACAUUGACAGGCAGCUGGGUUACGCACUAGCACCUCAGGAGCUCAAGUAUGGAGCCCGAGCCCUCCAUUCCUACAGCAUACGGGAUGGAGAUGAGAUCCUGGUAGUGCCAAAGUGUCAAUGAAUGAAGUGAUAUGAUCACAGAGACAGUGGUUAAAAAGGGACCAAUUGAAAGAAAAAAUAAUUUUAAGAUCUCCCAGUAAAACCAGUGUAAUCUAUGAGUUCCAAAUCAGUUUAUAAAUCAGUGAAAAAUUCUGAGAGAAGGGCCUAAAAGUCCUAAAAGCUGACCAUUUACUAUGUUGAACCUGGGAAAUCUAAUGCUGUCCAGCAGAAAUCCCAAAAGACUAUAAACUGGGAUGUAAAAAGAUAUUUGAGGCUAUGGGACAGUGGUGUAUUUUUUCCCCCAAAGAUAACCAAGAUUUUAAAGGUUUUAACUCGUCCUGUGUUAUACAUACAAUAUGCAUAUGUGCUUGAGAAUUUCAGGAACAAGUUCCGUACAUUUCCAAAUAGUAUUUUACCACUGCAUAAUACACACUAUUUUUAAGACACAAUUCUACAUUACAGUCUUACACAUAUAUAUAUAGUAUCUCACAAAAGUGAGUACACCCCUCACAUUUUUGUAAAUAUUUUAUAACUUUUCAUGUGACAACACUGAAGAAAUGACACUCUGCUACAAUGUAAAGUAGUGAGUGUACAGCCUGUAUAACAGUGUAAAUUUGCUGUCCCCUCAAAAUAACCCAACACACAGCCAUUAAUGUCUAAACCGUUGGCAACAAAAGUGAGUAGACCCCUAAGUGGAAAUGUCCAAAUUGGGCCCAAAGUGUCAAUAUUUUGUGUGGCCACCAUUAUUUUCCAGCACUGCCUUAAUCCUCUUGGGCAUGGAGUUCACAGGUUGCCACUGGAGUCCUCUUCCACUCCUCCAUGAUGAUAUCACAGAGCUGAUGGAUCUUAGAGACCUUGCGCUCCCCCACCUUCCGUUUGAGGAUGCCCCACAGAUGCUCAAUAUGUUUAGGUCUGGAGACAUGCUUGACCAGUCCAUCACCUUUACCCUCAGCUUCUUUAGCAAGGCAGUGGUCGUCUUGGAGGUGUAUUUGGGGUCGUUAUCAUGUUGGAAUAUUGCCCUGCGGCCCAGUCUCCGAAGGGAGGGGAUCAUGCUGUGCUUCAGUAUGUCACAGUACAUGUUGGCAUUCAUGGUUCCCUCAAUGAACGGUAGCUCCCCAGUGCCAGCAGCACUCAUGCAGGCCCAGACCAUGACACUCCCACCACCAUGCUUGACUGUAGGCAAGGCACACUUGUCUUUGUACUCCUCACCUGAUUGCCGCCACACACGCUUGACACCAUCUGAACCAAAUAAGUUUAUCUUGGUCUCAUCAGACCACAGGACAUGGUUCCAGUAAUCCAUGUCCUUAGUCUGCUUGUCUUCAGCAAACUGUAUGCAGUGCGUCAUCUUUAGUAGAGGCUUCCUUCUGGGACGACAGCCAUGCAGACCAAUUUGAUGCAGUCUGCGGCGUAUGGUCUGAGCACUGACAGACUGACCCCCCACCCCUUCAACCUCUGCAGCAAUGCUGGCAGCACUCAUACGUCUAUUUCCCAAAGACGACCUCCGGAUAUGACGCUGAGCACGUGCACUCAACUUCUUUGGUGGACCAUGGCCUUGCCCACCGUGCUGCAGCUCAGUUUCAGGGUCUUGGCAAUCUUCUUAUAGCCUAGGCUAUCUUUAUGUAGAGCAACAAUUAUUUUUUUCAGAUCCUCAGAGAGUUGUUUGCCAUGAGGUGCCAUGUUGAACUUUCAGUGGCCAGUAUGAGAGAGUGUGAGAGCGAUAACACCAAAUUUAACACACCUGCUCCCCAUUCACACCUGAGACCUUGUAACACUAACAAGUCACAUGACACUGGGAGGGUAAAUGGCUAAUUGGGCCCAAUUUGGACAUUUCCACUCACUUUUGUUGCCAACGGUUUAGACAUUAAUGGCUGUGUGUUGGGUUAUUUUGAGGGGACAGCAAAUUUACACUGUUAUACAGGCUGUACACUCACUACUUUACAUUGUAGCAGAGGGUCAUUUCUUCAGUGUUGUCACAUGAAAAGAUAUAAUAAAAUAUUUACAAAAAUGUGAGGGGUGUACUCACUUUUGUGAGAUACUGAACAUAUCUCAGUGUAUAUAGAGUUCACAAAGCUCUCAUUUUAAACACACUUCAGAUCCAGCUAAAGAAAGCUUGCCUCGUGAUAUUGACUUAGUGAGUCUGAUAAGGUCUCAUGCUUUGAGCUAUAGUUUUCCCUUAAUUGUAGUAGAGCUCCCUGUUGCAUGGGGGGGGGUGGGGGGGGUUAGAGAAAGAAAUGCUGCUUUAGCUUUUCCUAGAGGCUAGCGCUGUAUGAUGAAUGGAUCAGGACUGACCUAGUCAACGGCAUGUUUGUGUUCGAUUGCUGCAGAGCACACAGAUCUCCGGCUGGGGUAACACCAUCUCAGUCACACAGCCAGGACGGGUGGCUUUCUCCCUGCUUAGAUUACAAUAGGGUCACCCACCACACUGAAAGCUCUCUGGGUUCAUGUGUCUCUUCACAUGCAGUUCACAUCCUCAUGCCUAGCUUCCCUUAUUACGACCACUUAAUGUUUGCAAUGGGGUGGAACCCAGCUUCACAUCACAUGGGAAUCUUGUCAUUUGAUAUUCAUUUGCCUGAGCAACCUUCCUUUUAUUCCAUUUAUGCAGAGAUGCCUUUGAGGCUUUUUGGUGAUUGCUGGUCCCCUUGGUCAGUUUCCUGUGUCAUGUUGGUGCACAAGUAAGACUUGAUAUGCCAAGUUAGUGUUUGUCAAAGCUGGCUCACUGUGAAAAAUAGGUGGGCAUGAAUAAACCUGCUGUAAUUUGGCAAUCAAUCCAUCAGCAGUUGUAUUUAAUGUGCUUUUCGGGCAGGUUAUUUAUUAAGGUUAUUAAUAAGACAUAAUUACAAUAUCCACAGUAUAUUUAGGCUUUCCUUGUGAAGAAAAAAGAGUUUAUCCAAAAAGCGUGUCAUAUGAGUUUGGUAUAAUUUAAUGUGUAACACAGAUUUCAAAGAAGUGAAUAAUGUUUUUUUUAAAAAUAUACAAAAAAUGUUUGUUUUCUUCAUAUGUGAUUUAUGUUGAGAUGCAUAUCAAGAAUUCAGGCUUUAUUUUUAUUGUCUUGUAUGUGUCCAAGAAGGCUAGCCACAUGCAUUUGAGCCAAGUCAUGUAAUGAUACUUAUUUUUGUUACCUAAUGGAAUGUUACUUGCUUUUGUCAUGUAAUGCACAAGUGUAUGAAAAUUUAUGAUCAUGUAUGAGUGGACAGUACCUUAUUACUGACAACUGAGUCAUCUGUUUUAAAAUGGUCAGUUCAUAGCACUCUUUACAUUUUAGCUUUAUCAUACCUUGACCUUCUGUUCGUUCCCAGCAAAGUGGCUCUAAUCCUAAACUGGCUUCUAGUGAUGCUUAUAUGGACAGAUUGUAUGCUAUCCCAUUGUGUAUAAACUCUACUGGGGACAUUAUUACAUGCUUUAGACUUGGUGUAGCAUGUUUGGUCUAUUAGAUAAAUCAUUAUUGCAUCCCAUGUGCUGCUUUUUUUUCCCCCAAAUGUAAACAGCUCAUUAGUGUUUUAUCUCACUAUGUCCUUCCUCUGGUGUUUGAGGUUUUUCUCAAAUAAUGCUUUCUCAAUACUUUGAUUAUGCAAGUCAAACUUUUUUAUGUAGUUUGGUAGCUAAUUAGAUCAGCCCUAAUUUCAUCUCUGAUUUGUCGAUUUGCUUUAUUCUGGUUCUUUUCACUAUGUCCCAUGCCCAAAGUGUUGAUUAGUUGCUGAAAAGGGUGAAAAGUGCUAAUGUGUCACUGACAGGUCUUUUUAUUCUCGCGGCGUUGCUCAGAGUGUGGAACAAGAGUUAUCACAAAUGAACAUCAGCUGCAAUAAUCAUGAAAUUUGGUGCUUUUAUUUUUCAACUGUCAUGUGUAAUAGCAGUAGAUGAAUAAACUGAUUUUUAUA